AUGGGCGACUUACCAGUACCGCGCAUAAAAGCCAGUAGAGCUUUCCUAAACGUCGGCGUUGAUUAUGCAGGCCCCUUCAAUAUCUCCAUGAGUCGUCACAGAGGCGCUCGAACCCACAAGGUUUAUAUAUGCUUGUUCAUCUGUUUAGCCACUAAGGCGAUAGAUCUCGAAUUAACUUCAGAUUUAACAAGCGAUACAUUUUUAGAUUGCUUAAAACGAUUCCUAGCCCGGCGUGGUCCUAUUAAAUGUAUUUACUUCGAUUUUAAUCCACCGUUUGCCCCACAUUUUGGGGAUAUAUGGGAAGCAAAUAUUAAAUCAGUGAAGACCCAUUUGUUUAAAGUUAUAGGGUUGCAAAUUGUAUCCUACGAAGAGUUUAAUAUCGUCCUCAAUCAGAUCGAAGCCUUACUAAAUUCAAGACCGUUAUGUUGGCUGGGCAAUGAUCCAUCGGAUUCUCAACUUCUUACGCCUGCGCACUUUUUAAUGCAAGAGCCUCUGUCGGAUUUGCCCGUUGACUAUGAAAACUUGAAUUUGACUAAAAGAAAAGAAUUGCUCGAUCAAAUUGUCGCUUCUUACUGGUCCGCUCGAGCACGUCCGCUCCAUUGGGGGUUGGGACGAGUUAAAGAGGUUUUUCCGAGUCCCGAUGGAGUGGUUCGAGUGGCAUUGGUAAAAACGGGAAAUACCCUAAUCAAGCGGCCUGUGGUCAAACUGUGCCCCUUAUCAAUUCAAUAG